UUUGGUUUUUCAGGAAUGAAUCUCGGAGUGAAGAUGGUGCAGAAGAAGGUGGCGGUUCUCUACCAUUACCCUUGCCACGACGGUGUCUUCGCCGCCUUGGCAGCUCAUCUCUACUUCUCAGCGAACUCAAUCCCUUCCCUCUUCUUCCCAAACACAGUCUACUCUCCAAUCACAAUCAGCAAGCUUCCUCUCCAAGACAUCAGCCAUCUCUAUCUUCUCGAUUUCACAGGACCUCCCGGUUUUGUCCAACAAGUCUCUCCCAAAGUCAACAACGUAGUCAUCCUCGACCACCACAAAACCGCUAUUGAGAGCUUGGGCGAUGUCUCUUCCACUUGCAAGAACGUUACCAAAGUUUUGGAUAUAGGGAGAAGCGGAGCCACCAUUGCGUUUGACUAUUUUACUCAGAAGCUGAAGGAAGAGUCUCGAGGAAACUGCAGAGAGAUGGAUGAGUUCAAGAGAAUGAGACGUGUUUUCGAGUACAUUGAAGAUGCGGAUAUCUGGAAGUGGAACUUACCGGAGAGCAAAGCGUUCAACAGUGGGAUCAUAGACUUAGGGAUCGAAUACAAUUUCAAUCAGAACAGUUCGCUGUUUCAGCAGCUGCUCUCGCUGGAUCAUGACACUGUGAUCAACAGAGGGAGAGAGAGUUUGUCUAGGAAACGUAAACUGAUUCAAGAGGCGCUGGAACAGUCUUAUGAGAUUGUUCUUGGAGGUGGUGCUGAAGAGUUUGGUCGGUGUUUGGCUGUA